CCUGCUGCGUAGCAACGACGGGCGGAGCGUGGGGCGCGCGCAGCCGCAGUCUGGCUGGAACGCCAGCCCACCCUUAAUAAGCUCGAGCUGCCGCGUCCGCCCUGUGCUCGCUCUCCUCCUUUUGCUGCUCCGAAGAGAAGGUGCACGCACUUUUCCACCAGGCUCCUAGCUCUCCUCCUGAAGUCCGCCGCGGCGAAUAUGGCCUCAGGAGUUCAAGUUGCGGAUGAAGUAUGUCGCAUUUUCUACGACAUGAAAGUUCGGAAAUGCUCUACACCAGAAGAAAUCAAGAAAAGAAAGAAGGCUGUCAUUUUCUGUCUCAGUGCAGACAAAAAGUGCAUAGUUGUUGAAGAAGGCAAAGAGAUCUUGGUGGGAGAUAUUGGUGUUACCAUAACUGAUCCUUUCAAGCAUUUUGUUGGAAUGCUUCCUGAAAAAGAUUGUCGCUAUGCUUUGUAUGACGCCAGCUUUGAAACCAAGGAGUCCAGAAAAGAAGAGCUAAUGUUCUUCUUGUGGGCACCAGAACAAGCACCUCUGAAAAGUAAAAUGAUCUAUGCAAGCUCAAAGGACGCCAUCAAGAAGAAAUUUCCAGGUAUAAAGCAUGAAUAUCAAGCAAAUGGGCCAGAAGACCUCAAUCGGAAUAGUAUUGCCGAAAAGCUAGGUGGCUCCCUGAUUGUAGCAUUUGAAGGAUCCCCCUUGUAGAUCAUGAGUCAGUGCCAUGAAGCUUCCAUAUUUAACACUAUCCUUUCACUAUAUAAGUAAAGCAAAUAUAUUAGGCCAGGAUCUCACUGAGGAAUUUGUCAUCUUUUAAACUAAAAAUU